GUAUUAUUAUUCGUUAUUCUGAUGUCCAUCAUCACUACACCCAUACCACUUGCAAUGACACAAAUACCAAAAACGGAAUCAACUUCGCUGCCGAUUUACCUCCUAUCCAUCACUGUUGGGCCUGUUGAGGCGAUAGUGUUGAUUCUCUUCUUCACAUUAGAUACGACGGGAACAAAAUUUCCAUUAGAUUUAUUCUUUCUGAUGUUACAUACGAUAUUAGCAUCUGUACUCACAGGAAUACCGUUCAUUGGGCAAACGCUUACAUGGGGACUUAUAGUGACGCGAUCAGCUGUGGUAUUGUACAUCUUACUAAUCACAAUAGGUGCAACACUACCAAUUGAUCUGCGUCGUUACUACAUUGCAGUUUUCAUAUACUAUGUUACUGUCUUGGUUGUAACUUUUGCUGUUUCAAUUGGUGUCCACUAUGGGACAGGACUUGAUAAAUUGGCACUGGCAAUUGUCAGCAUCGGAUUGACUGCAUUAGGAAUCCCUGUAAGUCGUCUUUUCUAAUGAUAGUCAAUUUUAGUUAUCUAUUUAUGUUACCUAAAGUAUAUGUAUAUGCAUAAAUAAACUUUUGAGUGUGUGUGAUUAUCAGUGAAUAAAGUGACAAGGUAUCAGCUUCAAAUGAUUCAUUCUUGCGUGUCGUGUCACUUAAUAAAGUGACUUCAUUGGUGGAUGAUAAUCAAUAUAUUAAAAAUGCAACAGAUACUCUGGGUCACUUUCGAAAUUGACUUAUACGAAGUCGACCUGACUCUAGAACCAUCAUCUAAUUAAAUACCAAUCAAUAGACCGGCCAUUAGAUUCGAUCGCCGAGUGGUUAAACGACCAACAAAUCACCGUAUAAUCUAAUGCUCUUGCGUUCGACCCCUGACAACUUCAUGGGUACGUAGUGGUGAAGAGUGCCAAACAAGGACGAAGCAGUGUAUUUUACAAUACUUCCUAGUCGAUUUUCAGUGAUUCUAUCAUGAUCAAACUUGAAAACCAACACUUGAAAAUAAAUGAGAAAUGGUUAUGAAAACAGUUCACAACUUUGUCAGAUAUCGGUUAACCUAGGCCUACUAAUUGCAUUUGUGUAGAUCAGAGAUGCGUGGACCAAUAUAUAUAAUUGAAAACAAAUUAAGCGAAGGUAUUUUACAGUAUUCAUUGUUGAGAAAUAUCUCAUACAAAAUUAUUUCCUGACAAUUACUUGCUCCACUCCUGCCUUUCUUCAUCUUCAAUGUCUGUUAGAUUGUUUUACUUUGUGGUCAAGCAGCAUUGGGUAGACCA